AAUGAAUGAAAAUAAUUCAAAUAAUUACCAACAACCUCAACAUGAACAAGAGCCAAAAGAAUUAAUAUGGCCACCUAAUGGUUAUGUAUUUGAACAAGAAUCUUUAUUGCCAGCUUAUUGCAAACCCAAAAUUUGUCCAUUAAAAUCAGUUACUUUGGAAAAAUUGGAAAAAAUGCAAGAGGAGGCAAAUCGUCGUAUGAGGGAAUUGGAGGAGAAGGAGAGAAAAGAAAAUGGAGAAAAUGAUGAGGGAAAUAAUGUUUGUUGGAUUUUUUUUGAAAAUUAA